UUGAACGAAAAUUCAACGCGCGUUCAAUUUUUCAACGUGAAACCCGCGUUGAAUCCAUUUUCGGACACACAGUGCAUGGUGAGAUCGUGAAAGGACAUUCCAAGAGAUGAAAUUGAGGAUGACUUGCGGUUUGAUGGAACAAAUCUGGAGGGGAGUAAAAAGGAGGAAGUGAGAAGGAGGAAGUGAAGGGGAUCGUGGAAGGGAGUCGCAUCUGGCAGAGAAUAACAGUGGAGAUGAGAAUAGCAUACACCCAGGCAAGACAAGAUCGGACGAGGAAGAAAAGGUUGCAGGAAAAGGGGGUUGUGGAUUGGAAGGAAAUUGAUGAGCUGCAGGAAAGGGAGGCAGAGGAUGAAGAAGAAGAAGAUGUACCCUUGAAAAGACAAAGGAACAAGGCGAGGGUUGUCCCCAAGAGCAGCAGCAGAGCGUCUGACCAGGCAGAGGAAGGUGAAAAGGAAGAGGGGGAGGCGGCAACAAGGAGGAGAAGAAGCCUAGCAGGGGCAAGCGUGGCACAGAGGGAGAGAAAGAUUGAGGAGAAAAGACCAAUUGAGGUUGGAAGGAAAAGAGUAGUGGAAAGGAGGACUGAGAAGGAAGGAGGAGCAAGAAAAAAAAAAGAGACAGGAGGAGGAGAGAAGAUCCAGGAAAGAGACAUGGUUCCAAGGGUCGUAAGAACUAAGGGGCCAAUUAGAGAUAGAGAGGUGGUGGAAGGAGAGAAGGGCGAAGAAGAAGUGAGGUUAAAAGGAGGCAAGGGAGUGGAAGUUGGAACAAAAAAGAGAAAGGUUGAGCGUGGUGAGCCAUCCCAGUUGAGAAAGGAGGUGGAGGAAGAGCAGAAGAGUAAGGAUGAGAGAGCUCAAAGGGAGAAAAAGAGGAAAGGCUGGAGGAACUACAUAAUUAGGAUGCUCCAAGACGAUGACCUGCCUGUAAACUCCACGUGGGAUGUCAAACUUAAGAGGAUGCUCUUCUCAGAACUGGUAAAUAGCUCCAAACACUUACGCAACUUGCAGAAAAUGAUGGGGCUGCAUGAUAUGUUAGAUAAGAAGUGCACCAGGCUCUUCGAAGAAUAUGCUGAGAUUGCUCGGAAGAUGGAAAAGAUGGAAGGAGAAAAUGGAAUGAAGGGGUUUAGGGAGGACGUGGACGCAAUAGGGAAAGGACUCCAGGCAGAGCUCAAGGGUAGCAUAAAACUCUUCACUCAAGGAUUUUUUUACUACAUCCCAAGGCUCUUGAAAGAAAUGAGCAGACUAAGGAAGAAGGAGGAAGAGAGGGAUGCCCAGGUGGUGAAGUUGAUAGAAGAUGUGGAAGGGAUGAAGAAGGAAGUGGAGGAGUUGAAGAAGGGAAAGGAGGAGUUGAAAAAACAAGUGAGCACUUUGAAGGCCUCCCUGACCAUAAAAGGCAAGGAAUUGGAGGAUGAAGCAGCUGCGAGGGGAAGGGUGGAGAAGAAGGUCGAAGGUUUGUGCUCAGAGGUCAGUGUGCAAGGAUAGGACCUGGAUACUGAGAUAUCUGAGAGAAAGCAGUUGGAUUAGGAAUGAAAGAAAAGAUGGGGU